AAUCACAAAAACAAAUACAUGUAUCACAUUUUUCGCAUACCCAAUUGAACCGGACAAGCUAAGAAGCAAUACGGAUCUUGUAUGUUGUUAGCUUCUCAUAUUCUUAACCUUCUUGACAUGCAUUUCUCAAACUAACAAAACAGAUUAGAGUAACCUUCAACAUAAUGGCUCAUGCGGAGGAUUCCGAGGAUGCUAGAAACCUUAGGCAGCCACUCGUCAACGCCAAUCAUGGCUCCUCCAUGUUUGUUAUAUUGUGUGUCUUGGUCGUUUGUUUGGGUCCUAUUCAAUUUGGUUUCACGAUAGGGUAUUCCUCUCCUACACAAUCUGAUAUGAUUCGAGAUCUUGACCUCUCAAUUUCAAAGUUUUCACUUUUUGGAUCUUUAUGCAACAUUGGUGCAAUGAUAGGAGCAACGGCUAGUGGUCACAUAGCAGAAUACCUUGGCCGUAAAGGGGCUCUAAUAGUGGCAGCGGUCCCAAAUAUAAUUGGAUGGCUCACCAUUUCAGUAGCCAAUGACUCAUCUCUUCUAUUUAUAGGAAGAUUGUUGACAGGGUUUGGUGUCGGAAUAAUAUCUUAUGUGGUGCCCGUUUACAUAGCAGAAGUAUCACCUCGAGAUAUGAGAGGUAGUCUUGGAUCAGUGAACCAACUCACAAUCACCAUUGGAAUCAUGUUGGCUUAUUUGGCUGCACUUUUUGUUAAAUGGAGAAUGCUAGCAAUUUUAGGAGUUAUUCCUUGUGCAAUGUUAAUACCAGGACUAUUUUUCAUUCCAGAAUCCCCAAGAUGGUUGGCUGAAAUGGGGAUGAUAGCAAAAUUCGAAACUUCCUUACAAGCUUUACGAGGACCCAACACCGAUAUAACAUUGGAAGCCCAAGAAAUACAAGGUUCUUUGAUGUCAAACAACAAAUCAGAUACUAUACAAUUUGCAGAUUUGAAGAGGAGAAGAUAUUGGUUCCCUUUAGGGAUAGGAAUUGGAUUACUCGUCCUUCAACAACUUUCUGGUAUCAAUGGAGUUCUUUUCUAUUCUAGUGAGAUCUUUAAUAAGGCAGGAAUAUCUUCCAGUAAUGCAGCUACAUUUGGUCUUGGAGCUAUCCAGGUUUCAAUGACUGGAAUCACAGUGUGGUUGUUGGAUAGAAGUGGCCGCAAAUUACUUUUGAUAGUCUCAACCUCUAUAAUGACAAUUAGCCUACUCCUUGUUGCAACAACAUUUUAUUUAGAGGAAGUAGUAUCAUUUGAUUCAAAUCUUCAUACAACCUUGGAACUGCUAUCAGUUGCUAGUAUUGUGGCUAUGAUCAUCGGUUUCUCACUAGGCACUGGACCAAUUCCUUGGAUCAUAAUGUCUGAGAUACUACCAAGUAAUAUUAAAGGGCUUGCUGGAAGUGUAGCUACGUUUAUGAAUUGGUUCACUGCCUCACUAGUAACCUUGACUGCUAACAUGCUUCUAGAAUGGAGUAAUCCAGGAACAUUCACAAUUUAUGCAACCUUUUCUGCCAUCACCCUUGCUUUUGCAAUACUAUGGGUUCCUGAGACCAAGGGCAAAACAUUGGAAGAAAUUCAGGCAUCAUUUAAUAUAUAAUUAUGUUGAUGACUACAAAAUACAUAUACAUGGUAUUUUAAUUGUUUAUUGUAUAGUAAGCUUCAAUUUUAUAUGCACCGGAGAUUCUAGACAGAAUAGUAAAAUUUCUAUGCUUUAUGACAUAAAAAAAAAAACGUUAUACUUGCUAGUGGUAAGCCUUUCUAUUUUGUUUCCAAAAAAACACAUGAGGUUUUAACUUUUAACAUAACAUGUGGAUUUUAUUUGAGAUGCUAGUUUAAUUUAACUUAGCUUUAUCACAAUAUGGUAACAAUGCAAAAAUAAAUACUUAACAUAUUA